AUGGGUGACCGCCACGAAGUAUUUCCAAUGUGGCAGGUGACUGUUCCGAGUCUUGCCUUCAACCAGCCCUUUUUGAGGCACGGCUUGCUGGCGCUGGCAGCGAUGCAUAUUCGGUAUACAUCUCCUGUCCCGCGACAGACAAAAUACCUCGACCUCGCUAGUCAACAUCAGGAAAGAGCGCUGGAGGGAUAUAUCCCACAGCUCGAAAGUAUCACGCCAGAGAACUGUCACUCUCUUUUGGCGUUUUCGGCUCUGCUUCUGGCCAUCCAGCACUCUUUCAUUUCCGUGUUGGACAGCGCGAUCGAUAGCCACGAGCACGUUGCCGAAGUCAUUUCCGUCUUCGAAUAUGUGAUUGGCGCGACUGUUAUUGCCUUUGAAGGUGAAGUAUGGCUGCGACAAGGCGGCAUGAAGCCUCUGAUGGAGAGGGGGACCGAGCCUCAAAGCCUUCUGCCCAUCUUGGCCGAGGACCCGCGAAACGCCCUCGGUAGUCUCUUGUCUUACGUGCGGCAUCUGGGUGAGAAGCCUGGAUUGAGCUCGGCGAGAGGAACGACAGCCCACAUGCCCAUCUAUGUGCGCAGCAUCGAGAUGUUGACCAACGCCUUUCCCACCGAGGACAGCGAGAGGCGGAUGUUUGAUGACAUGAUCGGUUGGCCUCAUUACGUGGGCGCGGACUUGGUGCGACUGCUCCGGGCACAGGAUCAAAUGGCGCUUGUGAUCCUUGCACAAUACGGCGUGGCGCUGGAUGCUUUCAGGGAUAUUUGGUGGUUGGAGGGGGUGGGUGCUCGCCUGGUACACGGGAUUGCACGCAUGCUAGCUGUCGAAUUCAUUCCGCUGGUUCAAUGGCCGCUGGACAAGGUCUCGAUAGGGGCAUCGAUGCAACACAUGUAUAUAAUGGGAGGGGGGGGAAUUUGGUAG